AUGUGGUCUUCACUCACAAAGCUAAAUACUUUACUGCCUUUAACUCAGCUUCCAGCUGAGCUACAACAGCUCGCUCAACGAGCCAUAGAUGCCCAUCGAAAUUCUUAUUGUCCUUAUUCUAACUUUGCAGUAGGGGCUGCCCUCCUUCAUAAGGAGAAGAGUAUCACUACAGGUUGUAACUACGAGAAUUGUACUCUAAAAGGAUGUUGUGCUGAAGUAUGCGCUAUUGUGAAAGGUAAUUCUAACGGGCACCGUACCGCUGAAGCAGUUGCCAUUUACGGACGCAAUAAGAACUUGAAUGCUGGAAAUACUCCAUCCGAUACCCUCACACCACCGUGCGGAUUUUGCCGACAGUGGCUUGUCGAAGUUGCUGACCUUUCGAAUAACUAUGAAGAGUUUCUUGUCCUUCUUGUUACACUUGACAAGGAACAUGCAAAACUGGUAAAACUUUGCGACCUUAUUCCUCUUAAAUUUGGACCCUCAAACAUUGGUAUGAAUGUAUCUCAACUAGCGGAAGAGGUGGGUAAGUUAACUGAAAAUACUGAAAAUCUUAAGUAA